AUGCUAAUUUUAAUAAGUAAAUCUUAUACACUCAAAUAUAUGUAUACAACUAUAUCAUGCUUAAAAAUAUUGAAAAGAAAUUAUAUAAAAAAUCACUCUUACAAAUAUAUUCAUCCUUGGAAAUCUCUUUCACAAUUUACAGAUAAUCUUUUGAAUAAUAUAAUUUAUAAUAAAGAUGGAUUAGUAGCAUUAAACAAACCAUAUGGAAUAAGACGAAGAAUAUUUGAAUCAGAAAUAAAUGAGAUACGAAAUAAUGUUCCAUAUGGUGUAAGUUAUACAUUAGAGGAUGCUUUACCUUAUAUUGCAACACAAUUAAAUUAUCCAAAUUUAACUAUUGUUAAAUGUCCUGAAAUGUAUAUGAGUGGUAUUGCACUUUUAGCAGCAAACUCACGUGUUCAUCGUAGUAUAGAACUUUCAUAUAGCAAUUAUAAAUAUCCACUUAAUACUUACUGGAUAAUUACAGUUGGUAUACCAAAACAAUUGAAAAGUGAGUUUCAUUUGGCAAUAAAAGCAAUUUCAAAUCCUCAAUUUAAAGAAAGAAAACUAGUCCUUACUACAUCAUGGUCUCAGAAUGACAAAAAAUUGCGUAGAGUAAAAGUAAUAAAAGGAGAAUAUGAGGUAUUAUCCAACUCUACACUUAAUUUGUGUUCCCUGAUUCAAUUAAAAUCAUCUACUCACAAUAAGAGUACCAUUAGACUGUUUGCCGCUACAAUGUUAUACUCUCCAGUUCUAGGAGAUAAUAUUUAUGCAUCUCGAAUUCAAAAAGUAGGAAAUACUUAUGUAAGAGCUGACCCAUUCUUUAGUUGUCCUGGACUACCAAAAUUAGAUACAAAACUUCUAAAAUUAUUAGUUGUAAAACCUAGUGAACAAGCUAUUAUUCCUACUCAUAUUCAUUUAAAAUCAAUAAAUCUAUCAAAUUUUUUUGGAAGAACUUUAACAAUUGAAAGUCCUCUAAUGCCAUAUUUUGACUGGUCGUGUAAACAACUUGAAUUUAAGCAUUUAAUGUCAACAAUAGAUAAAGCUUGUUGA